CACCAAUCCAUCCAGUAGAAGAAAGAGUGUGACAGAGCGAACGAAGCAAGGAGCUCCUGGACGUGCUGAGAAAGAGUUGAAGCGGGAAAAUGACGACUCCCAUUUUCAAGGCAUCAAUUCCACACUCCAAUCCACUGUUCCACUCCCUGCAUCCGGUUCCAUGGACUUCAGCUGUAAAUGGAACCUCCAAGAAGAAGAAGCUGCUGCUGCUUAGCGGAGCUCAACUCUCUCCGGUCAGCUUGCGUUGUCCCCUUUCCAGUUUCCAUUUCUUCGGCCCGAAUUGCCAUGUAUUUUUCUACCGCUUCCCACGAGCAAACACGAAUUCCCCCCCGGAGUUGCAUCCAAAUCGGCUACCGGAAAACCUUUUGGUCACGAGUAAAUGUGCAUAGCAAGUGAUGGAAAUAUGUAUGAUCUAGUUUUUGGAGGUUGAUCCAAAUUCGUAAGGGCGGAAAUGGGUAGGUAGGUUGCGUCUGGGAUUCGAGGUUCAGGCUACUUCCUGAUAAAAACGUAUCAAUGGGAUUUGCAGGUCAGAGGUGGAAAAGGGCGGGGAAAGAUGCAUUUUUCAUAAGUAGCUAUAAUGGUGGAGUCCUUGAUAUUGCUGAUGGUGUCUCAGGUUGGGCUGAAGAGGAUGUGGAUCCUUCACUUUUCUUCUUCUCGGGAACUGAUUGCAAUGCUUUCUGGUCAACUACAAUCCCUCAGUUCUCAUCAGGAAAGCACAUGCUGCUACCUCCUCAAUCGGCUCAGCUACCGUGUAAACUGAUUGUGGCUGUGCUGGAGGGAAAUGGAACACGGAAGUUCGCAAAUGUUGGAGGUUGUGGACUAAAGCUUAUCCGUGAAGGUUCUGGCUAACUUAGCGUGAGUACAUUCACUGGAUUCGAGCUACGAGUCGCCCUAUGCAUUGGAAGCCAGGUCCAAGGUGAACAUCUGAUAAACUUACAAAAUUCGUUCACAUCUAUAUGACUACAUACAUAGUUGACCUGUAUCUAUAAUGAUGAAACAUUUCAUCUCUUGGCAGGGUGUUGAUUUACCAUGGUGGAAAAAGAUCCUUGGCAUGCAACCUACAGGCACGGCAGACCUUUUUCUUUUCCUACUUCAACAUUUUCCUCCCUUUUGGCCGGUACCCGCUCUUUGUAACAUUAGCAGAAAUGGUUAACUGCUCGAGUCUUUUGUCGGCAGGUGGGAAGCUUGACGAUAUUACUGUGAUAGUCGGUCCGUAGUAGAUGAGGGAUCUUGGAUUCGGAGAAACAGACACUUCAUCAAAGUGGUGGAGCUAUAGCGCUUCGAGCAAAUCACUUCAAUUUGUAAUUCGAAGGGAGUUACGACUUUUCAAAGUUCGGCUCAGUUAUAUUCAUUAUUGUUCAGACCACUUGUAUGCCCACAACAAUUGAACCUGGGAUGAAGUUCUGUAAUCCAUGGCACUGAAGCAUUUCAUAUCAAUACAGAUUGUCAAUUCAA